AAUAUUUAUAUUACGUAUUUCUGUAGUUAUUAUAUUUAUUAUAAAUAUAUCAGAUUCUGCAGCGUUUCAUCUUCCGCCCGACUAUCGUGACUACAUCCCUGACGGCCCCUCACACUCCACCCCUCGAUUUACGUCGGGAGAGUUCGACCCUGCUUGGAGACGCUCGUACUAGUCCGCGCGCGGCGGAUAGUCGACGGCGGUGUGAUGACAGGUGAUCGGACGGGAACGGGGGGCAGGCGGCGGCUUUUCGCAAGUUUUUCGUGAGUAAUCUGCACACGCGUAAGGAGCAAGAGGAGGAGGAGGAGGAGGAGAAUGCUCGGAGAAGGCGCGUUAUUUUCGCGGCGCCAGUCCGCGCGCAAUUAAAUCGCGCCGCUGCAUCCAUCCAUCCCCCGCGGGGCCGCGCUCGCAGCCCCGUCCGUCGUGCUCGCUCUAUCACGCCGUCGACGCCGAGGCAGGAAAGCAGCGGGGGUUAUGAGGCACCAACGCCGUGGCAGUCGCGCCGUCACACGUUGCCCGUCACGCGUUAUCGUCGCGCCCGACGGAUCUCCCAGCGGAGCGGAUCUCGACCAUGGCGGAGAAGUGCAAGGAGUGUGGCUGUAAGUGCGGCACUUGCGCUCAGGACAGCAGCCAGCAGCAGCACUGUGACAUGCAUCUGCAUGCGGAGAUAGAGAACCUGCGGCAGCGCCUGCUCGAGAGGGACAAUCACAUCGUGACGAUGGAGACGCAGUUCCUGAACGAGGCCGACAAGUUCCCGAACGGGGAGCUGGCCUCGAUGAAGGAGGAGCUGCUGAUAUGGCAGGAGAAGUACUCGCGCCUGCACGAGGCGCACAAGAGGGUCCAGAAGGUCAAUCAGAGUCUGGAGGACAAGCUGCUGCGCAUUGUCGACAAGUGCGAGACGGAGAAGGGCGCGCUCACCAAGGACAUCGCGACCUUGUCGCACAGAUUGGCCGACGCGAACUGCACGAUCCACCGGUUGACGCAGGAUAACGAAAAGUAUAGGAACGACGUGAGUCUGGCCAUCCAGCUGCUGCAGUGCAAACCCGCGAAUUUUGUCGGCCAGAAAUACGACUCGCUACCGUCGGAGGUGCAGGCCAAAGUACGGACGUACGUCGCGCAGAAGCGCUGUGCCACGCAGCCCGAUCCGGCGCAGUCGGACGUGAAGAGCAUCACCGUACCGAUAUCCACAUUCCCGCCGACGGCGAUGGUGUACAACAUCACGAAACCCACGGUGGAGAAGCACAGCGACGACGACAACAGCGACGACGGCAAACCGCCGAUGGACAUUGUGUCGGCGGCGAUAAUGGCGAAGGUCCUGGAGGACCGCGAGAAGGAGCGGAUUUUCGCCAAGCAUUGCGAGACGUGCACGUGUCACCGAAGCAUCCUCACGGUGGACGCGGAGACGCAGACGUGCGCGUCCGACGCGCUGUCCUACCUCGAGGGACGCGCGCGCAGCAUCGAGAGGCAGCAAUCGGAGGCGCUCAACGGCGAGAAGUACUCGGGCAGAGACAGACUGCAACCGAGUCUGCCGGCACACGCGCUCUUCUACGAGAUCAACGAGAACGGCGAGAAAAUUCGCCGCCACGUGAACGGUGAAUGUGCCAAGUACGUGCCCGUGCCGGCCGCGUGCAUCAAGGACAAGUUGAUCAUCGGCGGCAGGAGCAGCAGGAGCACCGCUCAGGAGCACUGCCCGACGGAGGCGAACUGCGCGAAGAACAACAACUGCAAGCGGAACUCGCUGCAGAAUCACGAGAGCAAAUGCUCGCCGUUGUUCUCACGAUUGAACGAUCUCAACCGGUUGAACAGCGACAAGACCAAACCGCUCAGGGUCAGUAACAACAACAACAACAAUAGCCGCAAAUACGAGUCCUCAACGGUUGAAGGUAAAUCUGUUGCCAGGUGCUGCAAUAAGAGCGAGAGGAGUCCCUGCGAGGAGCAUCACGGCGGCAGCACCGUAGUUCAAUUGUUGCCUGACAACCGGCUGACCGACAAGGAUCAGACGCACAUUGACAUCAUCAACGACAGGCUGUGGAAAAACGAGUGGACGAAGCUGCGAUCGGAGACGGGCGAGAACAAGUGCCGGGCGAGUCGCGGCAUCGAGCUGGACGUUAUCAACGACCGCGAUUGGAGGAACGACAAUCGCUCGGCGGCGGCGGAGCCGCGGCACGCCGCGCAGUUCACCCUGAUCGAGGUCAAGAGCCCGGAGAGCAGCGUGGCGAACCACCACGACGGCCAGACGGAAGUGGCGACCAGCCCGAGCUUCAGCAGCGACAGCAUGGUCAUCUCCAGCUCCGAUCCGUCCAGCAGUUGCAGCGACGUCGCUCAGUCGCUAACCGUCACCGGCGGUGCCUUCAACGCCACCGCCAACAGACCCAACGCGAGCCAAUCGCGCGUGACCGGAGCGCGGAAUUGCCUGGUGCGCGUCACGCCGGGCUCCAAGAACAUCCUGCUGGACAACGCCGGCCAGUACAAGGCCGUGCUGUACAGCAGCGGUAACGGCGGCAAGGCCAACACCGCACUGGUGCACGUGAAGAAGGCGUCCCGGGCCAGUUCCGAGCGCUCGACCUCCACCGGCAGCGAGGACAAUUCAUCGCAGAUGUUGCUGCAGGAUAAUCAACUGCAGCGGGUCGCCGAGUGGGUGCAGUCGUCGAUGUGCCUCGACAAUCCCGCGGCCCACGAUAGCAAUAAAGCUAAGCGGCAGGCGCAGAACGCCGCGCGCGACGACUCGUCGUUACCGUCCGUGUACACGAACACGGACCUCCUGACGAGACGUCAGUCUUCGGAGCAGGACGCGGGAGACUUGGCUCGCGACGCUGGACCAGCCGUGCCGAGGAAGUCGUCGAAGAACAUUGAGAGCUACAUCGAGGACAUGAAGAACCAGCUGAACAACGCUAGCUCGUCCGAGCGACUGGAACCGGACGAGAGUGAGAAUCUUAUAACCUUCGAGGUGUCGGACGAGCAGUUGGAAAAGGAUUCUCGCAGGAAGGAUUUGGACUACGAGGUGAAGAUCACGAAGGAGAUGGAGGAAACGUAUCUGAAGCUAGCGGCUAGCCUGGACCCGGUGACGCUGAGCCUGUCGAGCACCAGCGACGCCGAGCUGACGAUCGAGAAGUACAGGCAGGAAUACAAGAGGCUCCACGUGUCGCAGCAGCGAGUCCAAGAUAAGGCGGGAUCAAAAGCUUAAUCUGUAAUCUCAGCGAAUCCUUCGGAGACAAUUUUGACUAUAUCAAGCAGGGAGUUCCUUUAAAGAUAUAACGUUAUAUAAAAGAGCGUUAUUUUUUGUAACUAUAUUAAAGUAAGGCUGUACCACAAAUCAAGUAGUUUAGGGAGAAAGAGAGAGAGAGAGGGGGGGGGAGAGAAAGGAAGAGUCCUACGCGCUGCUGUAAAUCAAUUAAUUUCGUUUCACUUGCGUUCGCGAGCGAGAUGUAAUAGAUGGGUUGAUUUCGAAGCGAUGUAUCGCAAUAAAAGUUUCAAUCGAAACAGAGUUGAAUGCAACACGGUAAAUUUGUAACGUCUAUCUCUCUCUCUGUUACGCAAUUGAUAAAUAAUUGAAGGGGCAUUUGGGCAAUCACACAUUGUGUUAUGUAAAACAAUUGCUGUCUUUUUCACAUGAUUUUUAUCGAUGAUGCUGCUACCUCGCUGUCACGAUAAAUAUGAAUUAGGAAUAAAUUUCCAAAAGAGGAAUGUCAGUUUUCAAUACCGAUCUGUGAAUAUGAUCUCUGCAUUCAUUGAACUAUAUUUAAAAUUUACUCUAUGUGUUUUUGUUUUUUGAUUAAUAAGAAAUUUUAUUUUUGUAACAUAUAUAAAUAUCGUCAGGUUUCUUCAAACUUGACGUGUUUAUAAUUAGUUGAUGAAUUAGCAUAUCAUUUCGCAUAUUUAUGUACUAAAUUAAAAAGAAAUCUGUUAAUUUAUUUGAUUUUAAGCGUUUUAUAAUUUUAAGCGAUAUUUCGUGAAUUCGAAUCUUCGAGCGAUUGUUGGUGAAACGUAGCUUCGAGUUGCGCCGUGUUGCAUUGAGACUCGUUAUUUGGUCACUAUUGAAAAAUUAAAUGUUAAUUUCACUUGCGCCGUAAUUGCGAUAAUUCGUGCGACUGAUGUAUAUAUUGCAAGAGUGUGUGUGUGUGUGUGUGUGUGUGUGUGUGUGUGUGUGUGUGUGUGUGUGGUGUGUGUGUGUGUGUGUGUGUGUGUGUGUGUGUGUCCAAUUUGGCGAUUAUUUAACGAAGACGCAAGAGGAUAUAUAGUUUAUUCUCGGUCUCGAAACGAGCGCGAGACGAGCGCACGUGAUUGAAUAUAAAAGCGACAAUAUUCUAGUUAACUUGUGAAUGGAACGCUCGCAAAAAAAAUGAUACAGUUCCAGUUAGAUAUUAUUUUACAAAAUAAGAUGUUGAUUUCGCCUCAUAAUGUAUUGCAUUACGUACUCACGUACUUGACCAUACCAAAGCUAGCGAUGCAAAGCUCGCGUGAAGAAUCCAUUUCGAUCCUUUGCUCGCGGAAUUAUUCUUGCCAUACGACGCUAAUGAUCGCUGAAUUUCUAUCGCAGCGCGAAUGCAUGCAAACGCUGAUACCCAAGUAAGCAGCCGCCAAUAAACGUACUCGGCUUUUACGCAACGUCGGAGUGAGAUCGCACUGUGGACGACGCACACACCGGUGCAAAGGAUUGAAUGAUAACGAUUGGUUAAUCCUUUCGUCAAGCCUUCUUAACUCUAGCUUCCCACACACAGGGGUGCCCGAAACCCCAAGUAAAAUAAAGUAAUUCACGAUUCUUAAAUGUAAUUUUUUUCACAAGCGAAUAUUUUACGAAUUACUUUCUUUUUCAAAUUUUCCUAUAGGCAUAUUCCUUGAUGUGUGUAUCGAUGGAAAAAAAUGAUUUUAAAUCAGUCGAUUGUUUUCUUAUAUUUUUAACUAAAUGUGGGGUAGCCACAUAAUGUGGGAAGCCCGUGAAAAUUGAAAGUGUGGGAAGCUAGGAUUAACGACACUACUAUUAGACAUUAGUCGAUAGAUUUUAUUGCAGCGAUGUUACUGUCCGUAAUUUCGUCGAUCUGAUAAUGCCACGUUCUGUAUAUUUAAUCCAUGUACAGAUUACGUUAAGUUUAUUAAAAAAAAGGAUACACGAAGAAAUUCAAAUUCGUUCCACAAAAUGUGUUCUCAUAAAAUCACGUUCCAGGCUCGAGGGAUUAAGGAAUCAGCCAGUGUAUAAAUUAAUUUGUGCCGUUCUGUGGAUUGUAUUUAGCGAAAGUUCACUUCCACCUUAGCAGUCAUAGUCUCGUCAAUGCCUUGUCAAGCCCGUAUCAGACUACGUAUUGGAGAUUGGAAUUUGAACCAAUCAGAACAAAGCAGACCGAGAUUGCUUUGUUCAAUCGUAGUUUGAUACGGGCUUUACACAUUCUACAAGAAUCAUUUUGCGUUAAGUCCGACGAAACUAUUCGUGAUCUGAUCUUUUCAACGCUGCUCUAAAUUCGUCGCGGCAUUUGCAUGGUUUAAUACGGGACUUGUCGUUGGCUCGAGUGUUGUACUGAUCAUCCGAGUUAACUAAAACUAACUUCUGGUUAACGCAUCUCGUUCUUUCCUUGGAUCAUAUAAUUCCGUUUAAGCACGGAAAUUCAAUUCGAGCAUUGUAAAUUAUAUUUUACAAGAAUUCAACUCUCUUUAAUUAAUUUGGUAAUUGGAUGUAAUUAAUUAUUUAUUCCGAAUCUUAAUUGUCUUAAGUUAAUCGUGAAAUCUCAAUUGUAAUUGUACCAUGCGUUUAAUCCGAAUAUGUUUUUACUCUCAGAAGAGACGGUGCUAAUUAACACAAAUUGGAUAGAAAGGAACUCGGGGAGAUUUCUGCAUCGACUUGAGAAAUUCGGCUGAUUCGGAAUUCAGCUCGACAAGAUUGCCAAAUGCCGUUCGCGCUGGUUCGGAUUACCGGAAUUAGCGCUCACCGGCGUUGAUGCAAUUUCUUGCUAAUGAGAGCGACGUUGCGACUCUUCUUCAGCAGUAUUAGUUCCGACGCGCCGACGACGUCGACGACGAGGUGCGCCAUCGUCGUCUAGGUACGCAGAUACAAAGUAUGUGACAAUAUAUACCUCACGCUUCUCGAGUAUCGCGCAACAUUCAACGUCCACGUCCACGAGGACCUCGUGAACGCGAACGGAUCAGAAGGAUCGUGUGUGAGUCAUCGGGAGACGUAUCGCUGCGCAAAGUCUGAGAUACGAAUGCGGUAAUUUGCACCGUACCAGCUAACGAAAUAAUAGUCAAUAGUGCGUCACGCGAAGAACAUAUUUCUUCCAUUCGCCGCGACGUUGCUCGACGUUUAUCAGUCAUUCGCUGCAUACGAUUAACGUAAAAAUGUGUAGCGAUUAAUCAAGUUAAUGGGGCAUGAAAUUUACCGUCAUCCGUCAUUUCGCUUGUUUAUUGCCUAUCGCGAUAUCUAUCUUUUGGUUGAGUAUUGUUAUUUCGCAGCCAUCGUUAAUUAAAACGCUUACUUGUAAAAUACUUGAGGUCUCCAUAACGAUAUUCUUUCCGAAGAAAAUCCUCAGAGACACAAGAGAAAACAUUUAAUAUUGCAAAUAUAGUUUACAUUUAAUUUCAGUGUUUUACGACAAAAUAUCCAAAAUAAUAUUCUUUCUUACAAUUACAAUAUUCAUUCAAAAAUUAAUAAUAUUCCUGUGUAUUGUACAAAUUAAAUUAUGAAACUGAUUUUGUUUUAAAUGUGUCCGACUUGGAUGGUGUCGGUAGUUGCGUUGUUCCAACUUCCGCAGCAACGUGCGAUAUUGACGGUAUUAAUUUAAUUGAUACUGUAAAUAUCGAUCUCAUGUUUGCGAUAUCUGAACAGCAUAAGGACAGCAAAUAUUAAUUAGUAUGCUAAUCACUUUGCGCAUCUCGAUCGUCCCCGACGUAGGACGGAUCAAUUGUGUUUGCGAAUAACAAGCAAUUCGAAUGCGAACGAUCCUUGAACCACGAAGAAUGGAUCGAUAAUUAUAGUCGAAAUUGAUCGCAAAAUUAAUGGUUAAAUGAAGCCGCGAGAAUCGGCUCUCGCAACAAAAUAAUCCGCAUAUGACAACCGUAUCAUUUACUCAGCAGUCGAAUGUAUCAUAUAUUUAACGUGGCAAUGAUUUUACCACAUUAAACUGUACAUAUAUAUAAAUAAAAUGCGUUUAAAGCUA